AUGGCCAGAGACACUGCCUUGCUGGACGGUGACCACCUGCAGCAGAUCGGCAUCACCGCCACCGGGCACCGCAAAAGGAUCCUGAACUUGGCUCAGCAGACGCGGAUGCUCAGUCAAUCCCGGAGAGGACUCGCAGCUGAAGGCACCCAUUUCCAAGCCACCGAGGUCCUGGAUACCCCCGAGGUGGGCAAGGAUGCCAUGAAAGCAGAGCCAGGAGGGGUUACUGAUGCCUUUGGGAAGCAGCAGCACGUCGCUGUGCCCGUCCAAGCAUUGCCUUUAGAGAAGGACCCUGCUCCUCCCCUUGUGAAGCCGGUUCCCAAGCCGAGGACGGUUUUCCCUCGCUCAAAGCCAGAGCAGGGUUUAGCACCUGCACCACCAGCACGGACCACGGUGCCAGCACAGGGCCCGGGCAGCGACGGGGUGCCUGCAGCCUUUGUGGUGCUGGAGGGGUUUGUGCCAGGGGAGAGCUCCACAGAUUUGGAGAGGCCAGAGCUCAGCAGUCCCAGCUGGCCCGGCGGGGGUCUGCCCCCCAUCCCACAGAGACCCAUCAGCAAGCCAGAGGUCGUCGAGCAGCCCGUCAACCCCUACAGCGAGACGAUCUUUGGGCAUGUAGCCCCAUCCCGGGAGCAGAAGGGUGUUGACAUCUCCUCUGAUCAGAGCUACGAGGCUGUGUCCGAGCUGGACCUGGAGCGAGAAGCGUGCAGGACGAGCAGCGAGUGCAGCAGCGAGGGAAGGAGCGAGGAUGAGGAGACCCGGUCCCGGCUCAUCAAUCGCAUCAUCCAGAAUGACACAGAGGGGUACUCCACAGUGGAGGCACCGCGGGCUGAAGGUGCCCCAUUCAGCCUGCCAUCCCAUCUCUACCCAGACGAGGUCCUGGACGACCUCACCAUCUCCCCUUACGCCAGCUUCACGUCGCUCUCUGAGCCCCGACCCACCAUGCUCAGUGGCUGGCUGGACAAGCUCUCCCCACAGGGGAACUAUGUCUUCCAGAGGCGCUACGUCCGUUUCGAUGGGAAGAACCUGAUGUACUUCAGCAGUGAGAAGGAGCCCUACCCCAAGGGGGUGAUCCCACUGUCUGUGAUCGAGAUGGCUCGCCCCACCAAGGACAACAAGUUCCAGGUAUUCACCAGCCACCGGAUCUUUGUCUUCCGUGCCGAGAACGAGGUCCAGAGGAAUGAGUGGUGCUCCACGCUGCAGAAGAAGGUGAUGGACCAGCGCCUGGUGGGGUCCCGGCCCCGGCCCGCCAACACUGCUCACUGCCAGAAGUCAGGCACCCUGGAGCUGAAGGGCCAGAAGUCCAAGGUGUUCGCAGCCCUGAGCCUGCCUGAGAUGUGGCUGUACAAGAGCGAGCAGUUCUUUAAAAUGGGCAUUGGCAUCUGCUUGAUUGAGAUGCGUGGCUCCACCAUCCGUGAAGCCAAGAACCGCAGCUUCGAACUCAUCACCCCCUUCAAAGUAUUCAGCUUCGUGGCAGAAUCGGAGCGAGAGAAGCGGGAGUGGAUGGAGGCCCUGCAGGAGGCCAUAGCUGAGAUGCUCUACGACUACGAGGUGGCAGAGAAGAUCUGGUCCAACAAAGCCAACAAAUACUGUGCUGACUGCUGGGCUCAGAGUCCCGACUGGGCAUCCAUCAACCUCUGCGUGGUCAUCUGCAAGCAGUGUGCAGGGCAGCACCGCAGUCUGGGCUCCAAUAUUUCCAAGGUGCAAAGUCUGAAGCUUGACACCAGCGUCUGGUCCAAUGAAAUCGUACAGCUCUUCAUCAUGCUGGGAAAUGAUCGAGCCAACCGGUUUUGGGCCGCUCGCCUCCCCACUGCUGAGGCCCUCUACCCAGAUGCCAGCGCCGAGCAGAGACGGGACUUCAUCUCCCGCAAGUACCGAGAAGGACGAUACCGCCUGCCCCAUCCCCAGUAUGCCACUCAGGAGGAUGUGCUCCAGGCACUGUGUGCUGCAGUGACAGGACCAGCCCUGCUUAAGACCAUCCUGCAGUUCUUCUCGUCUUCAGAGGUUGGGCUGGUGGCUGAUCCGGCCACCUGCGAGGUGACCCCAGGGGCCGACCUUUGGUGGGAAUCGAAGAACAAAAGGCCCAGGAACCAUUCAGGGAGCCCUGGUGCACAGGAACCAGGUCUGGAGGGCGUCUACAACGAGAUCACACAGCCAGUGAUGCACAGCGGGUACCUCUACCGGGCCAUGAGCCCCCCCAAGUUCCCAGGUGCCAAGAAGAGCAAAGAGGACUUCCAGCGCACGUGGUGCUCCCUGGAGAGAGCCCUGCUCUUCUUUGAGACGGAGAAAUGCACUGAGCCCCUGGGACACAUUGAGAGUGGGGACCUCAUCUCCCUGGGCGUGAGCAGAGCCCAGGCACUCACCAGUCCCGGCCCCACUGAAAGGUUUCGCUUCACGCUCGAGCUCUUCCUCACUGGGGAAAAAAUGCAGCAACUGGGAACUGACAGACCUGAGACACUGCAAGCCUGGGCCAGCACUAUCGGCAAGUGGUUCACGCCCGUGAGCUGUCACUGUCUGUUGGGCUACGAAUUCCAGCGCGUGGGCCAGCUGCGCUACAAGUGCAUGCUCAACCCCGAGCGGUGGCAGCAGGCCUUCUUCAUCCUGCAGAAAGCCCACCUCUUCAUCUGCCCCUCCGAGGAUGAUGGGGCUGAGGACAGCAUCAACCUCCGGCGGCUGCAGGAGCUCAGUUUGGUUCCCCCCACGGAGACUCCAGAGAAGAAGGAGCUGCUAAUCCUGGUGGAGAUGGGGAGGACAUUUUACCUGCAGGGCUUGUCGCGGGCAGACUCGGCAGCAUGGUACACCGACAUCCAGGCAUCAGCGGGGGGCCGGGGUAACGCGCUACGGGACCAGCAGCUGAGCCGAGGGGACAUUCCCAUCAUCGUGGACAGCUGCAUCGCCUUCAUCACGCAGUACGGGCUGCGGCAUGAGGGGAUUUAUCGCAAGAACGGAGCCAAGUCCCGGAUCAAGGUACUGAUGGAGGAGUUUCGGCGGGAUGCCCGAAACGUCAAGUUGCGCAUCAACGACAACUUCAUCGAGGAUGUCACUGACGUGCUGAAGAGGUUCUUCCGUGAGCUGGAAGACCCCGUCUUCACCCUGGAGCUGCACCCACAUUGGAAGGAGGCUGCAGAAAUCUCCUCGAAGCCCCAGCGCCUGGAGCGGUACAAGGAGCUCAUUCAUCGCCUGCCUCGCCUCAAUCACAAGACCUUGGCUGCACUCAUUGGCCACCUCUACCGGGUGCAGAAAUGUGCAGACCUCAACCAGAUGAGCACCAAGAAUCUGUCACUGCUCUUCGCACCCAGCCUUUUCCAGACUGAUGGCAAAGGGGAGCAUGAGGUCAAGGUGAUGGAAGACCUCAUUGACAACUACGUCAGCAUCUUCAAUAUUGACGAGGACCAGGUAUCCCAGAUGGAUCUGGAGAACAGUCUGAUCACCACCUGGAAGGACACCCAGCUCUCACAGGCAGGAGACCUAAUCAUCGAGGUUUACCUGGAGCAGAAGCUGCCCGACUGCUGCAUCACCCUGAAGGUGUCCCCCACGAUGACGGCAGAGGAGCUCACCAACCAGUUGCGGGAGAUGCGCAACGUGGCAGCCAGCCUGGACAUCUGGCUGACCUUCGAGGCCCUGGAGAACGGGGAGCUGGAACGGCCCCUGCACCCCAAGGAGAAGGUGCUGGAGCAAGCUUUGCAGUGGUGCAAGCUCCCGGAGCCCAGCACCGCAUACCUGCUGGUGAAGAAGGUCCCCAUCGGGGAGGGCAGCUGUCUCUUCACAGGUGUCAAGCGUGAGACCCCCAAGUGCGGGCUGCUGAAAUGCCGUGAGGAGCCUCCCAAACUGCUGGGGAACAAAUUUCAGGAGCGCUACUUCGUCAUCCAGGACCGGAGGCUGUUGCUGCUCAAGGAGAAGAGGAGUGUCAAGCCAGAGCGCGAGUGGCCCCUGGAUGCAGCCAAGGUUUACAUGGGCAUUAGGAAGAAGCUGAAGCCACCAGCCCAGUGGGGUUUCACACUGAUCCUCGAGAAGCAGCAGCUGUACCUGGUGUGCUCAGGGCAGGCUGAGCUGUGGGACUGGACCACCAGCAUCCUCAAGGCUCAGCACGAUGACCUGCGCCCUGUGAUCAUGCGCCGGCGCUCCUCCUCCGACCUCGCCAAGCAGAAGUUCGGCACCAUGCCGCUGGUGCCCCUGCAUGGGGACAGCACCGAUGCCACCAUGCUCUCCGCCAACCAGACCCUGCGCCGCCUGCACACGCGAAGGACUUUGUCCAUGUUCUUUCCCAUGAAGAUGCACCAGGACUCUCUGGAGGAGCAGCAGGAGAAGGAGGCAGACAUCGAUCCUGUCUACGAGGAGGUGGGCAACUUCCCUGAGCUGGCUGCGCUGGAGCUGGGGCAGGGGCUGUUGGAAGACCUGUCGGCCAUGCCCCCCGUGGACAGGUCCAAGAAGCCAGCCUCAUUGCCCAAGCAGCCCGCAACCACAUCACUGCGCUCCUCGCUGCCUGCCAGCCCAGCCCAGAGGGUGGUGGAUCCCUCCAUCACCAAAGCCCUGUCCCUCGAAAGGGGCUUGAACCUGGAGAGUGACAAAACUCCAGCCCAGGGGCUCAGACCCACCAAAACAGCCUCUCUGGAGAGGAAAGUGGAGCCUUCCGUGGUGGUGGACAGGGACUGGGAGCAGACAGUCACACCGGGGAACAGAUCCAGCACAGAGACCUCCCUGGAGAUCCCCAGGAAGAGGAACAUGCAGCCUCCCUCACCCGCCAACAACAAACUCAUCCAGGAGCUCAGCAGUGUCAUCCUCAGGAAGAACGAGGGUCAGUCACCAGGGUCAGGCCAGCCAGUGACAUGA